CUCAUCGACUUCCGCCGUUCCAUAAAUCCAUUCUGACGUGUAGAAGACGUGUACCAAAAGUCAAACGCCAUUCACGUCUGUUAGGUUAAGUUCGUUUCUUAAAAUUCAUAUUUAUACCAACGUGUUUUCAACAUGCUUGAUCUUUUCACAAUAUUCAGCAAAGGCGGUAUAGUACUUUGGUGUUUUCAAAGUACUACACAAAUAUUUACACCAAGUGUCAACGCGUUGAUUCGCAGUGUUAUUUUACAGGAGAGAACAGGCACUCAUACGUUUGACCAUGAUUCGUUGCGACUUCAAUACAAGUUGGACAAUGAAUUUGAGCUUGUAUUUGUGGUGGCAUAUCAGAAGAUACUCCAGUUAUCCUAUGUGGAUAAAUUUCUUUCCGACGUACAUCUUGAGUUCAGAGAUCGUUACAAAAAUGAGUUAGCCAAAUCACAGUGGUUUUCUAAUUUCAACUUCAAGAAUAGCUAUGAUGCCAUACUAGCAGCUGCUGAACAAUGGGGAAAACACCAGGCUAAACUUCCAAAGCAGAUGCGUACAUUCGAUGAAAGUAUUAAAUCAAAGAAAACUGUCGCUAGUAUGAUUGAAAGGAAGGAUGACAAGGACAACAAAAAACAGGGAAAGAAGAAGAAGGGGAUUUUUUCCAAUGAUGAUAGUCUUCUGAAAAUUCAAGAACCCGUCAAACCAGAUGUACCAAAACAAUCUCCAGUUACAAAUGGAGAAUUGGACGAAGAAACUCUCCUAGCUAAUAGACUCAAACUUGUACAAAAAAUAGCUGGGCCAAAAAAGAAAGCCGAUAAACAAAAGAGCCCGAAACCCGAAAAAACUGGAAAACAGCCCCGAAAAUGGGAAUUGGGAGGUACGAACAAAGACUUGGUCAACUUGGAACUGGAACGUACAACAGAUAAACGUGAAGAUGUUGAGAAUAUUAUUCAAGCAGAUACUUCUAUGGUCGGUAAAAUGAAGCCUGGAAUUCAGGAUUUGGAAGUUGAAGAUGAGCCUGAAGAUGUGAAAAAGCAAUCACAGAAACCUGGAGGUGUAUUUUCCAUCUUUAAAGGACUUGUCGGGAAUAAAUCCUUAACCAAAGAAGAUAUGCUGCCGGCAUUAGACAAGUUCAAAGAUCAUUUGAUAUCUAAGAAUGUUGCCGCUGAUAUUGCAUACAAGUUGUGUGAAUCUGUGAGCACUAAAUUAGAGGGAAAAGUAUUAGGUACAUUCGACAGCGUUGCUAGUACGGUAAAAAAUACACUGACUGAAGCUUUGGUACAAAUUUUAUCACCGAAAAGAAGAGUGGAUAUACUGAGAGAUGCGUAUGAAGCUAAGAAAAAUAACAGACCUUACGUGAUGACAUUUUGCGGCGUUAACGGUGUUGGAAAGUCAACGAACUUGGCAAAAAUCUGUUUUUGGCUGAUUGAAAAUAAUUUCAGAGUGCUAAUUGCCGCUUGUGACACUUUCAGAGCUGGUGCUGUAGAGCAAUUGCGGACCCACACACGGCACUUAAACGCCCUACACCCACCUGAGAAGCAUAACAAUCAAACAAUGGUGCAACUGUACGAAAAGGGGUACGGAAAAGAUGCUGCUGGGAUAGCCAUGGAGGCGAUACGUUUUGCCAAAGAUGCUAGAAUCGACAUUGUCCUUGUAGAUACUGCUGGGAGGAUGCAGGACAAUGAACCGUUGAUGCGAGCUUUGACAAAGUUGAUUAAAGUCAACGAGCCAGAUUUGGUCCUAUUUGUGGGCGAGGCUUUGGUCGGCAACGAGGCUGUUGAUCAAUUGGUCAAAUUUAAUCAGGCUCUAGCAGAUUACAGCAGUUCCGUUAAUCCGCAUAUCAUCGACGGCAUUGUCUUGACUAAAUUCGACACAAUCGACGAUAAGGUGGGUGCUGCUAUUUCUAUGACGUAUAUAACUGGUCAGCCAAUUGUAUUCGUUGGAACUGGUCAAACAUAUAUCGAUUUGAAAGCGCUAAACGCUAAGGCUGUUGUUCAUGCCUUGAUGAAAUAGGUUUGUAAUUAAAAGAAAAUUU